GAUUAACUGCUAGGUAUAGACAACAGCCAGGACGUUGUGUGUGUUUCAUUAAAGAGACGCUUCAGAAAGAAUAGCACCCUGGACAGCGCUUGCCAGCCGUCAAGCUCAUUAUGCUUUGCAAAGGGUAAAAAUACAACUGAGAAUUAGCGUUAUCUAAUUUCGUUUGGUCCACUGUGUCAUCAGCGAAUGGGAUUUACAUUAUACAUUCCUGGAUGAUUAUUAUUAUUAUUAUUUUCCGAAGAUCGUUUAAAAAUUAAAAUUAAAAAGUCUUUGCUACCAGAAAGAUCCCUUGCAAUUGUUUUUCCUGCAACGUUUUGCUUAUGCUCUGAAACUGAAGCAGUUUUUUGCAGAGGUGGAACGUCGGUUGAUUUGUACUUUCUGUGAAGGAAUGAUGCCUAAGAGAGGAUGUGUACCAGGAGGAAGAUCAUCUGCAGUCUGCUGGUGCUCUCUGUGUUGGAGAUAGGACUCGGGGUGUCGAGCAUAGCUUUGGGGGCAGUGGGGAUCAGCAGAGUCAAUGCCGAGCAAAAGCCACAACUGGGAGAUGCUUCUCCGGUAUGGAGCGGGGUGUGUUUUCUAAUAUGUGGUCUGUGUGGGGUAAUAUGUGCCAAAAAGAAAUCAGGACUCGUUAUGAUAUUAUUUUCAGCCUGUUGUAUCUGUGGGCUGAUUGGAGGGAUACUAAACUUUCAGUUUGUGCGAGCACUUGUGAAAAAGUCUUCCACUCUUUACUCACUGCACGUUGCUGCUAUGUCACUGGCCUGUCUGGGGAUUGGUGGCUGCACACUUUCAGCCUGGCUCACCUGUCGCUUGGCCAGCAAUGAGCAACAAAGGAUGUUUAUAGAAAGGGAGCACUCUCUACACCAUUCCCACGAAAUGACAGAGAAAGAAUUGCCAGAUAACUUAAGCAAUGGGAUCCCCCAAGUUCUACAAAAUGGAAACACAACAGUACCGUGACAAUGUACAAUAACUACAAAUAAUGGGGUUCCUAUAAAUAUGGUAAGCAGAGAAGAACACUGAAGUUGAGAAUGUUUUGCGGUGUUAUUUAAGACUGUACAAUUCAUUGGAACAACUCUAGACUGGACAAUGCCCUGUGGCGAUUGGUUAUCAGUUGUACUGACUACAGAAGCAGGUAACAAUUGUGCAAGCUGCAUAAUUGUUUGGACCAAAAACUUUCUAGAAAAAAAGGCAAACUCUUUUAGCUACAGUGCAAUUAGCUCAACAAAUGGCUUGAUCAGCAGCUUUUCCUGCUAUUUUUUUUUAAAGGACAAAUAACCCUAGACUGAUACUUUGCUAUGUUUGUAAAAUAUUCAUGUACAACUUCCUGAAAGCAUGUGAAAGGUGUUCAUCUAAAGCUUGCAGUCUUACAGUCUUUCUUAAUCCACAGGAACCCCAAACCGGAAUGCUACCCUGUUAAAAUUAUUCCUGAAUGCAUGACAAAGUGCCUGUCCUUAUAUAGUCUACAUAUUUAUCUGGAUUGAUAUCACUUUACUAAAUAUAUGGGAUUUAUCAUUUGUGAAUGAUAUAUUUUUCUAUAAGAGCUAAUUAAAAAAAAAAAGAAAUAUGAGGUAA